AAGCAACUCGGGCUGGAAGUCUUUCCCAAUCGUGCACGAUCAAGAAGAAGAAAAAUCUCGUUUUGAAUUGGCGGCUAGUGAAAAUUUGUUUUAUGAUUUAUCAAUAAAUGCAUAUAAUUUUUAAUGGUGUAGCGCCUAACUAAAAGAUGGUUGAUGGACGGUCACUCACCCUCCGAAUAUCGCAAACCAAUCAAGUUGAAAAUAGUAAAAGCGGCAAUAAAAAAAUUGUAGGCCAACGAUACAAUACUUUCGAUAUAUUGCGAGGUUGCUGCAUUAAACUGCGUCGCAUUAAUUUUUUUUUGAACGUAAACAAUUCUCGGUGUAUGAAUGCCACUGCUUCAAAGAAAAGGGUGGUUUUGGUUUCUAAAGUGCCACUGGUGCAGCAUAGCACCGCUGAAUGCGAAGAGACAGUACCAUCUAUGUUUGUAACACAACAAAACCGUGAAAGAAAGGAAAGGCUAAAUAAGCCGGACACACCAGCUAAUAAUCAAAUGUUAGAAGACCUUGCGCGAUUUCCUCAUGUACAGGAAACUCUAAAGGGGUGCAAAAAUCUCGUUGUAAAAGUAAAACGAUUAGGGCUGGAAAAACAGCAUAAUAAAUUGAAAUCGUAUAACAACGGGGAUACUCUAAAGGGGUGCAAAAAUCUCGUUGUAAAAGUAAAACGAUUAGGGCUGGAAAAACAGCAUAAUAAAUUGAAAUCGUAUAACAACGGGGAUACUCUAAAGGGGUGCAAAAAUCUCGUUGUAAAAGUAAAACGAUUAAGGCUGGAAAAACAGCAUAAUAAAUUGAAAUCGUAUAACAACGGGGAUACUCAUAAUUCUCAAGACUCGGUGGCAUAUGAAAUUGGAAACACAGUAGCAUUGCAGGAUCAAUGCGCGCUUAAUUUAUUUGAAACGUCUGAAAAAUCAGAACUGCAAGUGCCGAUAACUAUUAAAAACGCUGUAGUUAAAUUGAAGCGCAUUAAACCCCAAAGCCCUAUUAGAACACUGAAAAUCAACGCUUCACCACUCGAGAUAGAAAAUACUGUAUGCACGAAGUUUUAUGAAGUUCAAAACUCAGAUACCCAACUAAAAACAUCAAAUAUAAAAGCAGUGGUAAAAUUAAAGCACAUUAAACCGCGCUGCCCUAUUAGAAGACCGACAACAAGUAGUUUACCAACCGCUUUUUAUGAUACUCCAGAUAUAAAAAAUCCAGAAUGCAAUAACGGAGCCGUAUAUCAGGAUUUUUGUCAUCAUCAAAAAAACUCAAACCUUCAAGUAAGAGCAUCAAUAAAAAAAGCUGUGGUGAAAUUAAAGCGUUUUAAACCUAAAAGUACCCCAGGGCCAUUUGCGAUUAAUAAUCCAACAAAAGAUAACGAGCAAUUGAAUUUUUUUCAAACUCAAAAGUCAGAACCAGUAAAAGGGUCAAACGUGUCGAAGAUGAAAACCAGAUUUGGGGGUACGAAACGACCUACAUUGGUACCAAAACCAAAACCAAGUCUGCCAGCUUUUCCAAAAAAUAAUGUGUUCCUUAAACAAAAUGAACUCUUAACGGAUUUAUUCAUAACACCCGAACGCCGAAACAGUAUGAAAAAGCUUAGUUUAACUAUGAGCUCAAGAAAUCGGAAGAUAGUAGACGGUGAUGGCACAUGUAUGCUUGAUUUAUCUCACUUUAGUCCUGUAAGAAAUUCGACUGUUUUUGGAGUAGCUGGAGGUACAUGCGAUAAAGGUGCUCACGAAGGUGAAAUAAUAAAUUUGAAUAAAAAAAGAGAAGACAUUAAUGAAAAGAGCAAAGAAAACUCGAAUUCAAAAGAAGACGGGAAUCGAAAAAGCUUAACUAAUAAGCCCGAAUUAAUAGAACAAUUGCUUUUUUCGGACACUGACGAAGACGAAAAAACCCAAAAUCAUUCAAAAAAGAAAAAAAUCGCAACAAGUAAUCAGACCCAACAAAGUAAAAAUAAAACACAAAAAUUUUUCCACCGGACACCAAAAAAAAAGUUGUCUUCGAGGAAAGCGCCAGAUGAGCAUAAAAGUAUUUUUGAAUUUUUGUCGCAAUCUGAUACCUCGGGAUCAGAAAAUGGUAAACACAGGGAUCCAGCAGCGGAUGUCAUACAAAAAUUAAUAUCGGAAGGAAAAGUGCGUGUGGCAGUUAAUCAAAAAGGAAAGGGCCGACCUAUUAUAAAACGAGCUCGACCGAAAACUGAACGUAAGAAACAGCUUACAAAUAAAGUAAAAACGUCUAAAGCGAUAGGCAAACAAAAACACACUAAAACGACUGCUAAUAUGUCCAACAUAAACGAAGGUCAUAAUAAUAAUAACCAAGGUGAAACAUCAUUCACCCCCGUACUCGAAUUUUUUGAAGAUGAUCACCAUGACGCCACUGCAUAUUUCAAUGAUGAGGCAGAAGCUGAUGAACCUAUCAGUGAAGGUGGUUUUAGUCGUUUAGCGCGCUCAGUACUGUUACAACAAACAAAAAAAUAUGAAAACACACGCAGAAACGACAUUGCUGAGCAACGGCGGUUGCUCGAGAUUGCACGUAAGUUCGUAAGUACACCAGCGCCGAACCGAAAAAGCGAAAAUCUCCAUACAGCCGACCUAUCGCCCAUUCAAACACUCGACACGCGCCAGCGUCCAGUGUGUCCUUCGCCCUGGCGAAUAGAUGACGAAUCGCAUCUACCAAGGACAUUUAACUUUAUUAAAAACACAUCAUAUCUGCCAACGUUUUCGAGUGAUUAUAUUCCUUCCACUCCGAAGAAAAACAAACUAAGUACUAACUCUUAUGUAUGUAAUGAAUCCAAUGUGCAAUGUGAUACAUUUACAACCACUGAGCAGGAAAAUUUGCCCACCGUACCAAGAAAUAUCUCUGACAGUGACUCCGGCAACAUGUUACAGGACUCGCUGGGAUCUCGUAAUGAUUCGAAUGAGGAAAAUAUCCCACCACCCGAAUCACUGCCUACACGAAUAGCUUCAAAUAACGACGAGAAUGACGAAAUAGUUAAUAUGCGUCAACUACCUAACCCUCGUCGCACGCUUGAAUGCCGAAGUCCGCUUAAAACCAUUAAUAUAUUAGAAGUGGUGACUCUACCACCUUGGAAAAAGCCAGUGAAUAAUGAUGUGCAAGAAGAACCGUACGUUACACCAAUUAAUUGCGAUAGCAAAAAUUCCGCUGAAUCACAUAAAGCGGACGAUUUAUUUGGAUUUGAGGAAUAUUUAGAUUCCAGCUCAGAUGAUGGUAAGCCGUCAAAUACAAACAACAUAACAGUAACGAAAGGACAGUGGACACAGCGAGACUUGCAUAAGAAACUGAAGGAGCUAAAGAAGUGGCGACCAAAAGAUUCAACUCGCGAUAAAACUAACGUUACAAUUAAAAAAUGCAGACUAUUUGACGAUAAUGAAGGCAGGCCGAAACAACAGCUAAUUAAUGACAUGCUCUGUUCUACCAUGAUUGAUCAAAAGAAUAAAAAUCUCAAAGAGCAGGAAGAAAAUAUCGAAAAGAAUCCGCCGUGUAGUUGGGAAGAGGAAAAUGUGCAAGCAGUUGAAAACGAUUUUUUCAAUGACUUUGAACCAGCCGCAACAUUUGAAAAAAAGCCACAGCGAACAUAUGCCCGCCCUGUCAGGAAAAAACGCAAGUGUCGCAAAAGUUUCGUUAUGUUUUCUGACAGUGAGGAUUCAAACUCGGAUUCUGAUGAGGAGAAACGCGAGUAUAAGAAAGGAGCUCAAAAGAAGAGACGACACGAAACACACGCUAAUGCGAAGCAAAAUACUGACCUAGAAUCUUUUGUACACGAUUUCAACAGUAUGUGUAAAGAAGUGGAAAGUUAUGAGUUGCAUGUGGAGUAGAUAGCUCAGUUAUGCAGUUACAGUCUUCCGGUAAAAAAUGGGAAACAGAAAUUUCUGCUUAAAAUGUAGGAAGCUGUUGGUUUUCGUAUAUUUAAUUUUUCUUACGAAAAUUAAUUUUUCUAAAAGUUAAGUUCGGGUUGACUUCCGAAUAAUGCUGUGUAUAUGUGAACGGCCAAACCCGAUCUUAGGACAAUCUCGUUUUUCCUGGUCGAAAUUAGUUCUAUCCACAUCCGAUACAUCCGUCUAACGCGAAAUCAAGUUGGACGCAAAAAUAUUGUGGACUGCGUAGUUGGAGUUGGACUGAUGAGGGUUCUUUGUUUGAAGCACAGAAAGGAGUUCUACUCAAAAAUACUGUGGCGCCUAGUCAAAACUAGUUUGUCCUAAGAUCGGGUUUGCCGUUAACAUAUGUACAUAUAUAUAAAAUUAGUGUGGCAUUUGAUUACCUUUAUCAAUUGUCAUUACUUAGACAAAGCUCUUAUCCACACAUUUGUUGUAGUAUAAAAUGAAAGGUAAAAAGUCGUAAUGUAACAAGAAACACGUACUGAAUUUUAUUUUGGGAUAUUCUCUGAAUUUUAACGUCAAUUUUGAUACUUGGACAUCUAUGUUUCCAAUUAUUUGGUGUUUACUGUAUAUCUUUGUGCGUACAUAUGUAUAUGCAUGGAUAUUAAAUCAUGUAUAUUUUUAAAUGUAUGAAAAUGUAUUUUUUAUGUUGCCUUAUAAAGGUAUUUUAUGGGUAUUUUUAAGUUACAAGCCAAUUGGUACUUUAUGUUAAUUUUAUUUUAUGGCGCUAUAUAUAUAUAUGUAUAUCUAUGGGCCAAAUCACAGUGCGUAGUUAACCACCGACGAGAGUUUAACUAUAGAUUUUUAUAUUCACAAUGCUCAGUUAACAAAAGUUUAAACCAACAUAGCAUGCCCCCUAAAUAGUUAAACUCGUGUGAAAAGCAUUUGUUUUGUGAAACGAAUUUCAAAUAUG